CUUCCAAAUGCCAUUACAUUACAGUACUGUCUGCUUCUCUGUCCAAUCCUCCUCCUCUUUAACGCGAUAGCAAAAUAACUAGGACUGAUCUUUGGGCCUUUUGUGCGAGAACAGAACUUUCUAAAUAACAGGAGAUUUGGAAUCCGUCACUAUUUUCGGUCCUUUUUGUUGUCAAACUAUAUUGUUGCUUAAUUUUAUUGAUUUAGUAUAUGAUUAUGAGAUGUUAGUGUUUAGAUGUAGAGAAAAUCAGAAAAGGCUCUUUUGAGUAGGCCGGGGUAUGUUUUUAUUUUUACAAACAUCCUACUUCACCAAGGUCAAGCUGGUAAAGAUUCUUGUUGACCGAGUUAAACUGUUACGAGGAUAAUUUGUUCUGUUGUACUUGAAAAGCACUAAGAAUGUCUGAAAAAUUAGACAAUAUUUUGGAGAACAUUGCGGAAACCAUUGCACAGAAUGUUCCAAAGCAGAAAUCUGUUUCAUCAUUCUUUGAGGAGCAGACAUCAAGCUCAGUGAAUACUCGUUUACGACGGCUGUUUGGACGCCAGAAGCCUGUCUACCAUCUUUUAGGGGGUGGAAAAUCUGCCGAUGUUUUGUUAUGGAGGAACAAGAAGAUCUCUGCCAGCAUGUUAAGUGGUGCUACAGCAAUCUGGGUGCUUUUUGAAUGGCUUAAUUACCAUUUUCUAACCCUUCUAUUUGUUGCUCUGGUACUCGGUAUGCUCAUCCAAUUUCUUUGGUUAAAUGUUUCUGGCUUAUUUAACAGAUCACCAUCUAAAGUACCCCGCCUUGUUCUGCCUUCAGAGUUAUUUGUCAACAUAGGUGUUUCAGUUGGUAAUCUGGUUAACCAAGCUCUGAGGUUUCUUCAGGAUGUUUCAUGUGGAGGAAAUUUGAAACAGUUUCUUGUGGUUGUGGCAAGCCUGUGGUUUGCUGCUUUGAUAGGGAGCUGGUGCAACUUUCUGACUGUAUUAUAUGCUGGUUUCGUUGCUGCCCACACAUUGCCAGUCCUGUAUGAGAAGUAUGAAGAUCAAGUAGACAGCUCUGUCUUCAAUGUUUUUGGGCAGUUCCAAAAUCAAUAUCAAAAGCUUGAUGCUGGUUUCCUCAGUAAGAUCCCGAAAGGAAAGCUCAGCGGGAAGAAGCUUGAUUAGAUCGGAUACCGAUUUGGCAAUUAAGUUUCCUUUGGUGAUCUUAAUUUAGCAGGGGCUGAAGAAAACUUAUUGUCUUCCAUGAGAUAUUGUGUUAUUUUUAUGGUUUCAUUCAAUUUGGCUAGAGAUAAUCUGUUUUACUGGUGUAUAUCAGUUAAUUAAAAAAUUUGGAGUCUUAAGUAA